UAACUUACAUUAAUUUUUCGUUUUAUUUCUCUUUCUUUUGCAUAUUAAAUUUUCUCUUCGUCUUCCUGAACUUUUAGGUGGCUGCUCUUGGAGAAGGUGUAUCCUUGGAAGCUAAACUAUUGAGCAGAAAAGAAGCUGCAUUGCGACAAAGAGAGGCUGCCCUUAAGAAUGUUAAACAAAACAAGGAUGUUGUGGAUAAGGAAACUGCAUCUCUCCGGUCUGAAGUCGAGAAUGCGAAAGAUAAGUCUGCGGCUAUCAUACAGAAGCUUCAUGGAGCUGAAUCUGAAGUCAAAGCCCUUCGUACAAUGACACAGAGAAUGAUAUUGACACAAAAGGAGAUGGAAGAAGUUGUUCUCAAGAGGUGUUGGCUUGCUCGCUACUGGGGACUAGCUACCAAAUAUGAUAUCUGUGCAGAUAUUGCCCUGUCAAAGCAUGAAUAUUGGUCGUCCUUGGCACCUCUUCCUUUUGAGGUUGUCAUAUCAGCUGGGCAAAAGGCAAAGGAGGAAAGUUGGGAAAUAGGUGAUGAUGACAAUGAGAAAAGGAGCAAACUUAUCCAGGAUCUGAAUGAUAUAAAUGGAGAUGGAAAUAUUGAAAGUAUGCUUUCAGUUGAAAUGGGUUUGAAGGAGCUUGCUUCCUUGAAGGUUGAGGAUGCUAUUGUGCUUGCAUUGGCCCAACAGCGGCGGGCUAAUUCUGCUCGAAUAUCCAUCUCAGAUCUCAAAUCACCUACUGAUCCCAAGUUUAUGGAGGCAUUUGAAUUGAGUCUUGAGGAGUCUGAAGAUGUUCUUUUCAAGGAGGGUUCUGGCACGGGCCAAAAGGUGCUCAAGGUCACGCUGUUACUGGUACAGAACCCACUUGGUACGGUUAAUCAGUUUUGCCAGUUUGUUAUCCUGGAAUGAGGAGCCAAAUCUUAAGUGGCAGUGUUUCUUGAAUUGGUCCUAAGGGAGGCAAGGACGAUUCCUCUCCAACUUUAAAACCACAAUUGUGCUUCUCUUUCCAAAUGAAAAAGAGGCCAAGCUAAUCUCCUUACUUCUGACGUUUGAAGAAAA